CUUUCCAAAAGCCAAAAAAAAGUAUGGAUUCGCUGUUUCUCUCUUUUUAAAAAAGCAAAAACUUCUUUGGGAUUCCAUCUCUCACUCUCUUCUCGCACCCGUCCACGUACUAGUCCCCCAUCCAACCCUCCACAUUUGUAUCGUUUGAUAGACAGUAUAUUUUGCAUUAAAGGAAGAAGAUUGUAGCUACUGCCACUGCAAGUCUCAAUCAAACAAGCAGCAGCAGCAUACAAACAGCUCAUCAGCACCACCCUUCGUCACUUUUUGUGUAUAUGGACUUUGUUUCCAUAUCAGCAGCAUCUAGACGAGCACCCACCGCCACUGCCACAGCCGCCCACAGCACUGCUUCUUCAUAUCACUCUUCGUCUGCACAGAGACAACACAAUGCAUCCAUCUCGUUUGUGCGAUGUCUCUAUCAAGCAAAGGCAAUAGUGCAAGAUCUCGAGCAUCUGCGCAGCUCGGCUCUUUUUAAGGGCCCAUCCGUGACGCCGCAAAUGAUCGUUUCCAUCCAGACAUACCUCGAUACCACCUUUAACAAGCUCGUUCGUCUCUGCAAAACCCUCCAAGCCAUUCUCAACCGCAUGUAUGCGCAGUCCUUAAUCAAUCGUGAACGGUACCAGUCCUUCAAAGCCGAUAUCGUGUCUGAAUGGAGACGUGCCACCCAUAUUCGUCUUACUAUGACAAACUUGUUGCAUCGUGCCCGUCGCCAGCAGGCAAAUUUGUUGCCGCCUCUCUCGACAACAACAACUACUUCAUCAUCUCGAUCACCAUCACUACUCAUUACCCAAGAUGAUCGCGGCUACGACGAAGACAACGAUAUAUAUCAUCCCUCAUUUUCUGUCAUACACACACACACACACUCUCUCUCUUUCGAUUUUUAACAAAAAGAAUCGAUGUAGGUAACUUGGUUUGGGGAAGACUUUGUUCGUUUACGUUCUUUUUCGUUCUUCAAAUAUGCUUUUUUUGUUCCUCCUCUUGAUCUGUACAUAGGACAAAAUUCCUUCUUUUUGUUUCCACGGAAAUGUUCGCUACUUCU